AUACAAACCACUGGCAGCGCAAACCUCAUAGUUUAAACCUCAUAGUAGGAGCAGCUGCCAAGAGGAGGAACUGAUUAAUUGUUCAUUCGUGUGUCUGCUGCUGUUGCUCGGUGAGACCUACCUGCCUGAUUCAGGAAGGUGAAUAUGAAGAGGAAAGCCAUCGGUCUUACCCCUAUACCAGGGGAAAAUGCAGAACUCAAGAAUCAAGAUGGAGAUGAGAAGAAAAAAGAAAAAACGUCAGUUCCAUUUUACAAGCUGUUUCAGUUUGCCACCAAAAAAGACAUCGCAAUGAUGAUUGUGGGGAGUUUGUGUGCCGUCCUACAUGGUGCAGCCGCUCCUCUCAUGUUAGUGGUGUUAGGCGCGCUGGCGGACACAUUUGUGGCUUAUGGUAAUGAAUUGAAUGUACUCAGAGACUCAAACAAAGAAUGCAGAAACAACACCAUUUAUUGGAUAAAUGGCUCUAUGGUCUAUGAACUAGACAGAAACAGUACUGUCCACUGUGGGUUGAACAUUGAGGCAGAUAUGGGCAAAUUUGCAGUUUAUUAUGUAAUAUGUGGGAUACUUGUGCAGAUUCUCACUUAUGGUCAGGUUAUCUUGUGGUCGUCAGCAGCUGCAAGACAGAUUGACUUUAUCCGAAAGGUGUAUUUCCGAAAAGUUUUGCAAAUGGAGAUUGGGUGGUUUGACUUAAACUCUGUUGGCGUACUAAACGCAAGGAUUUCGGAAGACAUUAACAAGAUGAACAAUGCCAUGGGCAACCAGGUGUCCCUCUUCAUUCAGAGGAUGAGCGUAUUUGUGUGUGGCUUUUUGGUUGGAUUCAUUGGCGGGUGGAAGCUGACUUUGGUGAUGGUAGCCGUGAGCCCAUUAAUUGUUCUAGGCAUUGGAUUGCUAUCUGUGGCUAUGUCUAUGCUGAUUGAUAAGGAAAUGAAAGCCUAUGCAAAGGCAGGGGCUGUGGCUAAUGAGGUUCUGUCUACUGUCCGAACAAUAGCAGCAUUUGGUGGUGAAGAAAAAGCAAGUGAAAGGUACGACAGGAACCUUGCAGAUGCUCAGACCUGGGGGGUGAGAAAGGGCAUAAUCAUAGCAUCUUUCAAUGGAUACUUAUGGAUCAUCAUUUUUUUUUGCUAUGCUCUGGCCUUGUGGUAUGGAUCUAAAUUGGUUAUUGACACCGGGGAGCUGUCUCCUGGUACCCUUCUUCAGGUAUUUUUUGGUGUACUCAAUGCAGCUAUUAACCUGGGUGAAGGCAUAUCUUACCUGGAGGGUUUUGCUGCUGGUUGUACAGCUGCAAAGGUCAUCUUUGACACAAUUCAUCGGGAACCAGAAAUAGAUUGUUUCUCAGAAGAAGGUCACAAAUUAGACAAAGUAAAAGGUGACAUUGAAUUCCAUAAUGUCACUUUCCAUUUCCCAUCCCGGCCUAAUGUCAAGAUUAUAAAUGAUCUGAGCAUGCAGGUCAAAUCAGGAGAAACCACUGCUUUUGUUGGACCAAGUGGCUCUGGGAAAAGCACCAUAAUCCAGCUCAUCCAGAGAUUUUAUGACCCAGAUGAAGGAAUGGUGACUUUGGAUGGCCAUGACAUCCGCACUUUAAACAUAGGGUGGCUCCGUUCAAUCAUUGGUAUUGUAGAGCAGGAGCCGGUGCUGUUUGCUACAACCAUAGCUGAAAAUAUUAGGUAUGGUCGACCUGGAGUUACCAUGGAGGAAAUUAUCCAGGCAACGAAAAACGCUAAUGCCUAUAAUUUCAUUAUGGAACUGCCACAGAAGUUUAAUACCUUGGUGGGUAAAGGUGGAGGCCAGAUGAGUGGAGGACAGAAGCAGAGGAUUGCUAUAGCUCGAGCUCUGAUCAGAAACCCCAAGAUCCUUCUGCUUGAUAUGGCUACAUCUGCCUUAGACAACGAGAGUGAAGCUGUUGUCCAGGAAGCACUAAAUAAGGUGCAAAUGGGCAGAACAACAAUUUCUAUAUCCCACCGUCUUUCCACAAUUAAAACAGCAGAUGUGAUCAUUGGUUUUGAGCAUGGGCAGGCUGUGGAAAGGGGAACACACACUGAACUCUUGGAAAGAACAGGUGUUUACUACACCAUGGCCACCCUGCAGAGCAAAGGCACUAUGAGCAAAGUUCAUGAUGAAGUCAAACUAGUCCCUAAAGAGAGCUUUGAAAUGAAAACGAGGAGUAGGAGCCAUAGAUCCAGAAAAGGGUCUGUGCGGCUGCGAUCUCUAAGCUCACUGUCAACUGAUUUUGUCCCUGAUGUGAUAUCUGGGAACCUUGACGGCUUCUCAUAUCAGGAGCUUACAUCAGAAAAUGAUGUUUUAAACGAUGCAGAUGAAGUAGAGAAGCCUGCCUCAGUAGCACGAAUCUUUAAGUAUAACCGACCAGAGUGGCUCUACUUACUGGUGGGCUCACUGGGAGCUGCAAUUAAUGGUGGUAUCACCCCCAUUUAUUCGAUGUUGUUCAUUGAAAUUACUGGUACUUUUGUAAUCCCUGACGUGAAUGAACAAAGGCAUCAAAUCAACAACAUAUGUAUUUGCCUUUGCCUUGUGGGUGUGGUUAUACUCAUCACUCAGCUAAUGCAGAGAGUCUCUUUUUCGAAGUCUGGAGGAAUACUGACCCGCCGCCUGAGGAAAAUGGGCUUUCAGGCCAUGUUGAGACAGGAGAUUGGAUGGUUUGAUGAUCCCAAAAAUAGCACAGGAGUUCUGACCACCAGAUUGGCUAACGAUGCAACCAUGAUCCAGAUGGCAACAGGCUCUCAGGUUGGCAUGGUACUGGACUCGAUCACCAACAUUGGAGUAUCGUUAAUUUUUUCGUUUUACUUCACCUGGAAGUUGACUUUGGUACUUCUGUGCUUCCUGCCGCUUAUCGCAUUAGGUGGGGUAUUACAAGCUAAAUUAUUGACACGUUUUUCAAAAAGGGAUAAAGAGACCAUGGAAGAACUAGGGCAGGUAUCAUGUGAAGCUUUUGCUAACAUCAGAACUGUUGCAGGCUUGGGCAAUGAGAGAUUCUUUAUAGAGUUAUUUGAGCAGCAACUUAUACUUCCAUUUCAAACUGCCAUGAAGAGGGGCCAUAUCUUUGGCUUCUGUUAUGGUUUUUCUGAGAUGGUUGUGCAAUUGGCAAAUGCCGCUGUAUUUGGAUACGGAGGCUAUCUGGUGUACAGAGAGCAUUUACACUUCAUAAUAGUUUUCAGAGUGAUUACAUGCAUACUGACUAGUGGGACAGCAAUGACCAGAGCAAUAACCCUCAGUCCAGAUUACAUCAAAGCCAAAGUUGCUGCUGCUCAGCUCUUCAAAGUAGUGGACAGAAUUCCAAAAAUCAGCAUCAGACCUGAAGAUGGAGAGAAAUGGGAAAAUUUCAGCGGUGGAAUUGAGUUCCAAAAUUGCAUGUUUACCUAUCCAACACGGCCAGAUACCCAAGUGUUGAAUGGCCUGACUGCGUCUGUGAAGCCUGGUCAGACUUUGGCAUUUGUUGGAUGCAGUGGUUGUGGUAAAAGCACCAGUAUUCAACUCAUGGAAAGGUUUUAUGACCCAGACAUGGGCCAAGUGUUGAUUGAUGGUCGCCCUUCUCAAGAUAUCAAUGUGCCCUUCUUAAGAGCUCAGAUUGGCAUAGUGUCCCAAGAGCCAGUGCUGUUUGACUGCAGUGUGGCUGAGAACAUACAAUAUGGUGAUAACACACGCGUUGUGAGCAUGGAAGAAGUUGUAGAAGCUGCUAAGAAAGCUUACCUUCAUGACUUUGUGAUGGCGUUACCAAAUACAUAUGAAACUCAAGUCGGUGCUCUGGGCUCCCAACUGUCCAGAGGAGAAAAACAACGUAUUGCCAUUGCCCGAGCCCUUGUCAGGAACCCCAAGAUUCUGCUCUUAGACGAGGCUACCUCUGCCCUGGACACAGAGAGUGAAAAGGUUGUUCAGUCUGCUUUGGAUAAGGCAAGAAAAGGACGAACCUGCAUCGUUAUCGCUCAUCGAUUGUCAACUAUCCAGAAUGCUGACUUGAUUGCUGUGAUGUCUAAAGGAGUUAUUAUAGAACAAGGCCCACAUGAGCAACUCAUGGCUGAGAGGGGCGCCUAUUAUAAACUGGUCACAACAGGGGCUCCUAUCAGCUAGGAGCCUGCAGCUUCGUUUGAAGAGCAUAUGAUGAAAACAAAUUUUUUUUUGCAUGCCAUUACUGUAUUGUCAUGUUGAACUAUUGCUUUUAAAGAGUCUUAUGGGAAUGGAUUUGGAAUGGAUCAAAUAUGUGUUAUUUAUUUGAUUUACCUUUUUAAAUGAAAAUGUGGUGUUUUCCCUAGCUUUCAUUCAAAGUCAGUAAAAGAAAUGUCUGAAUAUAUUUAGCAGUUAAUGUAGUUUUGUAAUAACUAAAACUACAUAACUAUGCCCACUAAUGUUUAUGUUUUUGUAUUAUUGUAAUGUUUUAUACCUAAAAAUAAUGUACAGACAAAACAUAUUUAAAACACAUGGCUCAGGAUUUUUCAAGAACUAUUGCUUUGUGAGAGAGGUGAGUUUUCUACAUUUUUUAAGAACAACUGUGCUAAAAAGAGUUUUGCUCUAAAAAAAGUAAUAGAACAUCAUAUAGCUCUGUGAUAUGUGAUACUGUGAUAUGUGAUACUGUAAACUCAGUGCAAAGUUUCUAGACUAAUCACGGUCCAAGGAAAUUCAGUCGUGACACCUGUUUUGUAUUUAAUAUUUCAUUAUUGCAUGAACGUGUAUGCCGUUUUUCUCUUUUAUUCUCUUUUUUUUUUUUUUUACCACCUGAGGCUAUUAUACACUAUACUAUUCUACUCUUUGUGUAACGUGCUGGUCUGAUUUGUCGGCAGUAGUCGGUACCAGAAGAAUGCUGACCUGCCACCUGAGGAAAAUGUAUAUAUAUGUAUGUAUAUAUGUUUAUAUAUCUAUGGUCGGUACAGUGUAUAAAUAAAUAAAGCUUUCUUGAUCGCUGCAA